GUAACAAUGAAACUUCUAGGCUUUCUUCUCUUUAUUACUAACUUUGGGAUCAUUUUCAGCCAGGGAGGAGCUAGAUUUGGAUUUUCAUUUCAAGUGUCAGCUUUGAUGUACCUUCAGAGUCACAACAGGGAAGUGAAGGUAUCUGACGUACCAGGAAGCUACCUACCCACACCAGGACAGAGGUCACUUUUGGCACAUCACAGAUCUUCACUGGGACCCUGAUUAUAAAAUCACAGAGAACCCAAACACCGUGUGUCCUUCAUCUUCGAAACCUGUACCAAACCCAGGGAAGUGGGGCAGCUACCUAUGUGACUCCAAUUGGAACCUCAUCAAUCUGACCCUUUAUACCAUGAAAGCCCUUCACCCUGAGCCAGACUUCAUUCUUUGGACUGGUGAUGACACUCCUCAUGUCGCUGAUGAGAAGCUUGGUGAGGAUGCAGUCCUGCGGAUAAUAAGCAAGUUAACCAAGUUGAUACAAGUGGUCUUUCCAGGCACUAAAGUCUACUCUGCAAUGGGAAAUCAUGACUUCCAUCCAAAAAAUCAGUUUCCUGGUAACUAUCACAAGAUUUACAACAGAACGGCUGAGCUAUGGGCACCGUGGAUGGACCAUCAAUCUAUCACUCUCUUUAAUCAAGGUGCUUUCUACACUGAGAAGCUGCUGGGUCAGAAUGACCAGAGGAUCAUUGUUUUGAACACAAAUCUGUACUACAGGAGCAAUAAGCUUAAUGUUGAGACUAAUGACCCUGCUGGGCAGUUUCAAUGGCUUGAAGAGGUUCUUUCAAAUGCAAUCGUAGCAAAAGAAAAAGUUUACAUCAUUGGGCAUGUGCCACCUGGCUUUUUUGAAAAGAAGAGGUGGACAUCUUGGUUUCUGGAACACUUCAAUAGCAGAUAUGUUGAAAUUAUCCAAAAGUAUCACAGUGUGAUAGCUGGUCAGUUCUUUGGACACCACCAUACAGAUAGCUUCAGGAUGUUCUACAAUCAAUCAGGUUCUCCCAUAGGAGUUAUGUUUGUCACACCUGGCAUUACUCCAUGGAAAACAACACUGCCUGGUGUGGAGAAUGGAGCUAACAACCCAGCAAUUCGGAUAUUUGAGUACAACACAUAUACACUCGAAAUCCAGGCAGGAGAUUAUUUCUGGGGUGCUGCUGUGUUAUGUCUGGUGCUGUUUUGUUCAGUGGUCGUUCAGCUGUUCAGCUGGUUCUGGUUUGCCGGGGAUCGAGAGCAAUUGAAGAGCCUAUCCGAUUCCGGACUUCUUCCGUCCUUCAAGACCACGGUAGGAGAUGGUGCCCUGCGGCUUUUACACGGACUGCAACUGGGAUUUCUGGUCAGGUAUAUAACUGCACUGGAGGUGGGGAUCCGAAUGCACAAAGAGAGGGACACUUUUGGCUUGCAAUAUGUUAUUUACCUGAUCAGUGAUAUCAGCAUGCUACGACUCUUUGAGAGUAUUUUUGAAAGUGCUCCUCAACUCUCACUGAUGCUGUACAUCAUGAUGUUGAAGAACCAGAUGAAGCUUCACCAGUGUUUCUCCAUUGUGGCGUCUUUCCUCUCCAUUGCCUGGGCCGUCCUGGACUUUCACAAAUCCCUGCGCAGCUCUCUCUCUGACAAAAUGCAUCUUAGAUUCAAGUCUGCGGUGACUUAUUUUAUCUUUAACCUGCUACUCAUCUGUCCUAGGAUUUGUAGCAUUGCCCUAUUUGCAAUCAUAUUCAAACACUAUGUCCUCUUGCACUUUGCUCUUAUAUGCUUGCCCAUGUUUAUCUGGACUUGCCAACAAGGCACAGACUUUAUGAACAACCUUCCUGAAGAGGUAUUCUACAGGGGUGCAGUAGCAGUGAUCUUGUAUUUCACCUGGCUUAAUGUUGCUGAGGGAAAAACAUUCAUCAGACAAGUUAUUUAUCACUCAUUCUUGGCUGUGGAUUGUGGGAUUUUAGUUGGAUUUUGGUGGAUUUAUAGAGAUCCAGUUUUAACCGCUUCCUAUGCUCUCCCACUCCUUUUUGCAAUAUCAUCGUCAUAUUUUCUUGGGGUGAUUGUAAAGUGUACUUAUUACAAGUAUCUUCAUCCCAGGGUCACGGCAGACUUGCUAUCAACUGAUGAAAUAGACGUUCUACAAGAGGUUGGAUUUCGAUCGAUUUGUGAGAGCAGACCUUUGAUAAACAAGAGAAUGCAAAUCCUAUCCAAUUGUUUUUACUCUUCUAAACCUGGCAGAAACAAAUGCCACUCAGAUAUGGAGGAAACUAAAAUCUAAAGCUCCAGUAUUCUGUUGAAUGUCAGUUUAUGUAAAGGUUUGUUUCACUGCUAUUAAACUUCAUGUCACGUGUAUUUCAGGUCAAAAUGCACAAAGGAGAAUGUAUACAAUUGGAGCACAUGGUUCUUCAGUUAAUUUUUGUUCUGAUGUUCUCCACUCCUGCCAAUCUCAGCUUAUAUAAUGGGUGUUCAACAAAUUAAUAUGCUUAAAAUCAGCAUCAAGGAAUAGAGAUGCCAUCCCUGAGUCAGUGAAGAGGAGUUUCUCCAUCAAUGUGAUGCGUUAAUUUUUCCUGAUAUAUUGAGUUAUGUAGAAAUUAUACAGGCCAAACUGCAUGACCAAUAAGUCAAAACCAAUGUUUUUGCCUCAUUCCCAUAUCGCUUUCCUUUCAUUCAACCAAAAGCUGCUUUAAGUGUUGAUGUUAUCUGCUUCAGUCACGAACUCAGGUGAUACAUUUCUUUUUAAAAGACAUUUGUGAAUAUUUGGAUUUUUUUUCUGCUCCCUAUUCUUAGUCUGAUACAUUUAAUCCACAUAUGUGACCCUGCAUGCACACACAACAGCUUCUCAAAAUCAAAAUGUAAUUGUUGCUUUUUAAAUUUACUUCACCUUCUGACUGAAUUACCAAUCGCAACAGCUUAUCAAUAACAUUGGGCAGAUUCUUUUUGUACUCAAAGUUAUUCAUUAUACCUAUUUUAUUAUCAGUGGCAAAUUUGGACACUACUUGCUCUAGAGUCAUAUUUAUAGUAUUGAUAUAGAAACUAACAGAAGCAACACUGGAACAGAUUCUUAUGGGUUACUAUUAUCGACUGUCACCCUUCUGAGAAAUAAAGCUGCCUUGAAGUUCUCAUUAAUUUUCUACUUCUAACUAUUUUAUAACCGUAGAAACCAUAGUUCCCAAAUUCUAUGCCCCUUAUUCAUGUCCAAUAUUUUUCAGUUUGUUUAAUUUUCAAAGACUUUUUGGAUGUCUUAAAUUCAGAUUUAUGUUGCAAUCCUGUUUAGUUGCUUCUUCGUUGUUUCCAGGUUAGAUUUUUGGCUUAGCUGAGCUCAGCUGGAGCCAUAAUGGGAACAUCCAAAUUGGCCUUAGUACUUCAGGCUGAAUUUUCUUAUUAUAGAUGUCGAUUUGUCUAUGGUAUAUUUCUCCAUUUUUAUUGUAAGCUUGUACAACAGAAAGAAAAUUAGAUUCAAUUCUACUGCCUUAACCAACUCAAAAUUAACAAAAUGUAGUUCAGUUAGCUGAGUUCAGCAAAAUCAAAAAGUUUCAAAAAUUCUGAAAGUAUAUCAUGAUGCAGCAGAGAAAUUUACAUCAUUUAUCGUUACAAAUUCAGAAAUUGGGCUGUAUAAUCAGUUACCAGCUAGGCAACUAAAAUGAAAGAUAUUAUUAAGUAAGGCUUUCGGAGUUGGAUCAGAAUGAAAGCCGUGAUGGUGAGAAAGUUCAAGGCUUAAUGCCCUAUUUAUGUCAACUCAGUUGAUUGUUGCCAGAAUCUCUUGAGCAGCAAAGUAACUAACUGUGACAUUUUAGUCUUGGAGAUGGAAAAUUGAUUGUGGAGAGGGAGUUCUUCUCACCCAAUUGCUACAGUUCCCUACCAGUUGACGUUGGAGAAGUCAGUCUAGGCUAUGAUGUUGCUAAUAGUCAAGACUCACAUAAGAAGUAGUAGCAACAUGAAUGAGGUACAGGGCAGUGCUUAAAGCAGAGUACUGCAGUUAAUGAAUGCUGAACAGAGGAGAUCAUUAAGGAAGAGAUUAUGAGCUCUUUGUGCAUUUUAUUGUUAUUGAAUUUAGCUAAUCUGGAGAACGCAGCAAGUAUUUAGUAUGACUGAAAAGUUAUCAACUAGUUUACAUUUAACAAGUAUCAGAGAUAAUGGGAACUGCAGAUGCUGGAGAUUCCAAGAUAAUAAAAUGUGAGGCUGGAUGAA